AUGGUGAUGGUAAAUAGGUUUAAUAAAAAAGCACAUUUCAUUCUAACUCAUUCAACAAUUAUAGCACCAAAGGUUGCAAAGUUGUAUUUUUACAAUAUUUUUAAAAAUUAUGAGUUGUCAUAUGGUAUAGUAUCUGAUAGAAAUCCCAAAUUUGUAAGCAAAUUUUGGAAGAAGCUAUUUAAAUUAUUAGACACCAAGCUACACAUGUCUUUAGCAACACAUCUACAAAUGGAUAGGCAAACAGAAUGGAUUAAUAAAAUAUUGAAGGAUAUGUUACAAAUUUUUGUUAAUUAUUGCCAAGAUAAUUGGGACCAGCUGUUAUCAGCUGCAGAAUUUGCAUAUAAUAAUGCCUAA